AGUGUACUAAGCGAUGUAAAUAACACGCUGUCUGUGAAUGUGUCCUGUUGACAUAAGUCUCUGUAAAGACGAAGAGCACAACUAAACUUGAUUGAUAGCCUUUUAUAGUGUAAACCGUUGAUAGCAAAAUGACAGAUCUAAACUUAAGCGAUGCUGAGAAAAGAUAUAUAGUGGAUGGUGUCAAGCUUGGAAUUCGUGUUGAUGGCAGAGAGCGGCUUGAUUAUAGACAGCUGGAAUUGGAGACAGGCAUUGUAUCUACAGCAAAUGGUUCUGCCAGAGUUAGACUCGAUCGCACUGAUGUAUUGGUUACAGUUAAAAUGGAAAUGGAACCACCAGCUCCUGACCGACCAAAGAAUGGGCAUCUCUACUUUUUUGUAAAUUGUUCUGCUAAUGCUGCACCAGAGUUUGAGGGACGUGGUGGUGAGGAUCUAGCGACAAGUCUUAGUUCAAUGCUAGAAAGAGUUUAUUCCUCCCCACACACAUUAGACACAAGGAAACUAUGUGUGGUUGAAGGCAAAUAUGUAAAAGCACUUUAUGUUGAUAUAGAGAUCCUAGAGUGUGGUGGGAAUUUAUUUGAUACGGUUAGCGUAGGUGUCAAAGCUGCUCUUUGGGCAACAGAGUUACCUAGAAUACAUGUGGUAGGUGAAGAUGGAGGUGAACUAGAAUUUGCUCUGUCAGAUAAUCCCCAUGAUGUAGACAGGGUUGAUGUCUCCAAUGCUCCAGUCCUUAUCACACAUUUGAGGAUAACAGAAAAUUUAACUGUCAUAGACCCUACUCCAGAGGAAGAAUGUUGUGGUCCAGUAUCUGUUGUUGUAGGUGUAACCCCAAAAGGACACAUAACUGCUACACAGUUGUUAGGGAGUGGUACAUUUACUCCAAAAACUUUGUCAUCUUCUAUAAAGAGUGCAAGAGACCUUGGACAGAGGAUCCAUCAGCAUCUUCAGAUGAAAUUGCACCAGAAGAAAACAUAGAGAAUAGACAGAUUAAAGGUUUCCUGUGAGGAUAACAAAUUGGAAUUCUGUAAUAUUUUUAAUAUCUUCUCACUUUUUUAUAUAAAUAAAUGGAUAAAAGUU